CCCCGCCGAAUAUAAGCCGCCGGUGGUGGCCGGGCGGGGUGCAGUGCGCGGGUUAAGUUGCAGCAGCACAGUCAUGGAGGCCGUCGUCGCCGUCCUGCUGGCCCUGGCGGCCCUGACCACCACGAUCGCCCUGGAGCAGGACGCCAAGACCGUCGGCUUGUACAGCGCUCCCUUCUCGUCCAUCGACUACCUGGUCGGGGAAAAGGGCGGCAUCGACGCGGUCUUCAACAAGUGCGUGGUAGCGGCUUUCAGGAACAAGGAUGAAAUCAGCGCCUUCGUGGUCCCCAAGGGCAUCAAGAGCAUCUACGACCCGGCCAACGGAUACCUGCAGCCCCUCCGCGAGUUCAUCAACAGCGCCGUCCCCAAGGCCGCCCUCACCCUGAGCGCCGCCCGCUUCCUGGCGCUCCCCGAGAUGUCCCUGCCCGUGCACCACAUCCACAUGCCCGCCACCGACCUCGAGACCACCUUCCACCAGGCCGAGGAGGCCCACCCGUACGUCCUGUUCGUCGCCAAGGACGUCAUUCGCGGCGGGAACCGCUUGAGCAUCGAGAACCUGCACCGUCUGGGCGACUUCAGCUUCGAGCAGGGCUCCGUCGAGAUCGUCCACGACUUCGCCCCCACGAGGCGGGCCGGGGACCUCGAGCCCAGCAAGACCGCAGAAAAUUGACGCGAGGCGGAAAAGUAAACGCUGUUUUUUGUCAACCUAGGGCAGAGUGCCAUCAGGGAGGUCAUGACUCCUGCAACAGUGGAGCACGGUUUGCCAUAAAGAUGCCGUGAACAGUU